AUGUCUUUUGACGCAAUCAAGAUCGCCGAAACUUGGCUCAGCAAGUUCUCUCGUAGCGUCCAGGACGCCGACUUACCAGCCCUCGUCUCUACCUUUCUUUCCAAUGGCUGGCUCCGGGACAACCUCAUCUUUACCUGGGAUACCCGCUCGCUUUGUGGACCUGAAGCGAUCACUGCAUAUCUUUCCACCACCCUCUCGAAGGCACAGCUCUCAAACUUCAAUAUCGUCGAUGCGCCAUAUCUGAGCCCCACCUACGGUCCUCUCACUUUCGCCACUGUCGGGGUGUCGUUUGCCUUUACCUUCGAUACUCCUAUCGCCCAUGGCCGUGGAUACGCUAGAUUGCUCCAGCACAACGACGAGUGGCAAGCUCUGUCAGUGUUCACCAAGAUGUCCGACUUGAAGGGGCACGAGGAGCAGGGCGCAGAGCUUGGCUCAUGGGGCAAUCAUACGUUGUCAUUCGAGUCUGUCAUGCGCGAGAGGAGAGCACAGAUCGAAAGUGAACCUUGCGCUCUAAUUGUUGGGGCUGGUCAGACUGGUUUGAUGGCCGCUGCUCGCUUCAAACAGAUGGGCAUCCGGACGAUAGUCAUAGAGAAAAACGCGCGCGUUGGGGACAACUGGCGCGAGCGGUACCCAACCUUGACCCUUCAUACGCCUAAAACGCAUCAUGCUUUUUUGUAUCAUACAUUCCCAAGUACAUGGCCGACUUAUACACCACGAGAUAAACUCAGUGAUUUCUUGGAAUUUUACGCGACUGCUCAGGAGCUCGUCGUCUGGACGAACUCUACUCUCCUGCCUGGCCCGACUUACGAUACCAAGACAAAGAAGUGGUUUAUUAUCAUAGACCGGCAUGGUACUGAAGUUCGUAUCAACCCUUCCCACAUCGUCCUGGCCGCUGGUGCUGUGGGCCCUCCCCACAUCCCCAAUGUCCCGUCUAUCGACUCUUUCGCCGGAGAUGUCCUUCACGCAUCCAAAUUUCGCGGGGCAGCUCCAUACAAGGGGAAGCGUGUUGUUGUCAUCGGCGCAGGCAACUCCUCCGCGGACAUCUGCCAGGACUGUUGCUUCGAGGGCGCAUCGUCUAUCACCAUGGUCCAAAGGUCAUCUACGACGAUCAUGAAGAAUGAGGCUAUCUUAGACUUGAUCAUGGUCUCAUUUCCGGAGGGCGUACCGACAGAUGUCUUGGAUUUUAAAGACUCGUCUAUACCGUGGGGUUUACGCAGGGAAAUGCUUCUUGAAAUCAAAGGGGCUAUCGCUGAGGCUCACCGGGAGAUGCACGACGGCCUCAGAAGUCGGGGGUUAGACGUUAACUUGAGCGACGGUACUGGAACGUUUCUCCAAUUCCAUUCUAAGUAUGGAGGAUAUUGGCAAGAUGUAGGAACUGCGCAGCUUAUUAUCGACGGCAAGGUCGGCGUUAAGCAUGGUGUCGAGGUCUCGCGGUGCACAGAGAAGACCGUCGUUUUCUCCGACGGGUCCGAGCUUGAGGCCGACGUCCUGAUAUUUGCAACCGGAUACCAAUCGUCUCUAGAAGCCUACAAGAAAAUCUUCGACCCAGACUUGAUCUCACAGACGCCUCACCUAUGGGGUUUCGAUGACGAAAUGGAAGUCCGCGGCGUCUGGCGUGCCACUUCGCAUCCCGGGCUGUGGUAUGCUGGAGGUGAUUUUGGCAUCUGUCGGACUGGCUCGAAGAAUCUGGCGCUUCUCAUAAAGGCGACCGAGCUCGGGCUCAAAUAA